CUAGCAUUGGUUGCUGCUGCCAAAACGCGCUCUGAGCCGUCAAACGCCAGCGCUGGCCGCUUCUAUACUGGCCACGGUAUCCACAGGACUCCUCGUUGCAGUGGGCAGCGGCGCACACAAUUAACCGCAUUCUCAGACCCAGCCAGCGCUACACUGCCCAGCUUCAGCAAGGCAGAGAAAAAUCACCCAUGGCGCGGCGCCGCCAGCGGUGGACCCUCGCCGCGCUCCUCUUGCAGCCCGCCAGCGGCUUUUACGCGCUCUCCCGACAUAACGCCAGGACAGUGCUGCGGAGCUCGUCGUCGGACCCCGCGGCGGACGACGACACGCCCGUCCCCGUGCAAAAGGCCCUCGCGGCGAUGACGGCCUUCAGCAACCGCUACGUCAAAGUGUCGGGGACCAAAUACUGCUCGGAACCUUCUGUCCCUGCGGUCGUCAUCCGCGGCCUGGCCGAACACAAGGCAGCCUUGGGCGCGCCGCUCUGCCCCUGCCGCAACUACGUCGACAAGGAGGCGGAAGCGAAGUCGGGGUAUUGGAACUGCCCCUGCGUGCCCAUGCGCGAGCCGGCGUGGACAUCAAACAGAGUUAGGUUAUCUCGCCAUCGAGCGGACGCAGAAUGGAUGCAACCUCGCGUCGAUGGCGUGGAAGCUCCACGCCAUCGAGCAGAUGCAGUACGGGGACGACGUCGCGUCGAUGGCGUGGGGCGCCCGAAAUUUGAUAUCCACACAGGCGCGAGCGCCACGAGUGCCACUGCAUGCUCUUCCUGCCCGAGGAGCACGGCUUCGCGGGCG